GGUGGUGUGGAUCAUCAGUUGGUACUGGCCGUUUCUCAGCUUUUAGUUACAGUAAACGUCAAGCUGAUGUAACUCAUGAGAUCUUUGGAUGUUGUUGAAUACAGCAUGCUGCAUGCAGCGAUCAGCCAGGGCGUAAAAAUGAAGCAUCCACUCGUACUUCACCCACCAUGCAUGCUUCAAGCUAAUCUACUUAACUCGUAAUCUAACAAUUCAACAGAGACAAUUACCACCAGUUAGAUCAUUGUUCUCCAUUCCACUUCGUAUCAAGUCUUACCCUGAUCAUACGCCAAAGCAUAUUUUCAAACACCAAAAUCCUGAUCUAUGCUAACUUUUCCUAUCCAGAAAAGAAAAAAGAAAAUAUAAGAAUAUGGUAGUAAAUUUAAAGCUUCGUCCAUUUCCUCCAAAAGCCUCAAACCCCAAGCUACAAUGUGUCUCUUAUUCAGUAAAUCUAGCGACUUUAUCUUGCUCUUCUUCAUCUUCCUAAUUGUUCGCUCGCCCCCAUGCAUUCUUGCCAGAAGAACGCCCGAAUUCAGGUGGAUCAAUUUUCCGGUAACUGCCAAAAGCUAUAAGGGCAAUAGGGACUACAUCGAAAGGUUCUUCAACGCGACCAGAGGCAGCCAUAUAACUGGCAUAUCGGAAAUCAAAAAACACUUUCAUCGUUUUGGCUAUCUCACGUCGCAGAACGGCACAUUCACCAACACCUUCGACGCUCGGUUCGAAUUGGCUAUCACACGCUACCAAGAAAAACUCGGCCUACCCACUACGGGUAAGCUUGAUUACCCUACAGUUUCUCAAAUUACCGAGCCAAGGUGUGGCGUGCCCGACGCAGUCCACAGGUUGCAUGCAACCCGACAUUACGAGUAUUUUUCUGGGAAACCUCGAUGGUCACGGCGCAUGCCAAUGAGGCUCACCUACGCAUUCUCGCCGGAGAAUUCGAUAAACCACUUGAGCUUAUCAGACAUAAGGGUCGUUUUCAAACGCGCAUUUGGGAAAUGGGCAUCGGUUAUACCAGUGAGUUUCUUGGAGACCGAGGACUAUGGCUUCGCGGAUAUAAAAAUUGGGUUUUACAGCGGCGACCACGGCGACGGAGAGCCAUUCGAUGGGGUUCUGGGAGUUCUGGCCCACUCAUUCUCGCCGGAGAGCGGGAGACUCCACCUCGAUGCGGCGGAGACGUGGACCGUUAACUUUGAGACGGAGAAAUCGCCAGUGGCCGUUGAUUUGGAAUCUGUAGCAACCCAUGAGAUCGGGCAUUUGCUAGGUUUAGCCCACAGCUCGGUGAAGGAGGCUGUUAUGUACCCUAGCUUGAAGCCUAGGGAUAAGAAGUUGGAUUUGACAGUGGACGAUGUGGAAGGAGUGCAAGCUCUGUAUGGAUCAAACCCUAAUUUUAGGACUGGGUCUUUGUUAGAGUCAGAUAUUUCCACAAAUCAGGGUGUUGAUUACAGAGCUGGGACAUCUACGGGGGCCAUUUCAGUGCUGGCUUUGAUUCUUUGUUUGUACAUAUGAUUUCAAUGAAUAUUUCUUUGUUUUUUGGUUUUUGGGUUGUGGAGGCCGGAACAUUAAUCAUGUUUCCUAGAGUACAGGAUAAGGAUCAGGCCGGUUGGACGCCCUAAGAUAGGAUUUGACCAUGGUAGCUUUGAAAUUUGAAUUAGUUUGGCAAACUCAAACAAUAUCGGAGAUAUUUUUCAUCUCUGACGUUUUUGGUGUUCAUGAUUGAAUUCAUCGAAGAUAAAACGUCAGCAAGGUCACAAUGUUCUUUC